AUGGCUGGCAAGCAAUUCAUCGAGUUCUACUACAACCAGUUCGACUCGGACCGCAAGGGACUUGCUAGCCUCUAUCACCAGCGCGAGCAAUCCAUGCUGACUUUCGAGUCUGCUUCUUCCCUUGGUGUUAACUCAAUCGUCGAGAAGCUUUCGUCUCUUCCCUUUGAGAAGGUUAAGCACCAGGUCACGACGCUUGAUGCCCAGCCCACCCUGGAGGGCGGCAUCAUCAUCCUCGUCACCGGCCAGCUCCUGGUCGAUGAGGAGCAGCGCCCCAUGAACUACACCCAGGCUUUCCAGCUGCUGCGUGACCCUUCCGGCAACUACUUUGUCUUCAACGACAUCUUCAAGCUGGUUUACGGCUAA